GUGAGGCUCCCGGUUUGAAAGUGCGGACAGCCGCCGCUAGUUCUCCGGAGGAACCUGUGGAGUUCUGCCCUUAAACCGGGUCAAGCUUUGACUUCUGACCGUUGAGUCCCGGUUCUCCAGCAGCCGGACGGGAAGAAGCAGGAACCGGUCCAGUCCGGUUCGGUAGCUGCUGCCACUGCACUUUAACGGCAGAUUAACGUCCAACAUAAACGGAUUACCGACACCGAUCACCUGCACAGGUAGCAGGCGAAGAGAGGAGCCCGGAGCCCGGAGCCGGCAGAGAGAUGAGAGAGACCCGCUGGAGGAAGGAAGGAAGGACCGACAGGUGAGCUGCCAGCAUGGAGUCAGAGCUGCUGAUUGGCUGGCAGCAGGAGAAGGCGGAGCUCCAACAGGAAGUGCGUCGCCUGCAGGAGGCGCUGGCGGACAGUCGAGCUGAGGGGGUGGAGCUUCAGGCGAGGAGUAGGGCGCUGAGUCAGCGGCUCAGCCAAUCAUCACCUCUCUCUCUACACUCUCUACAGCUCAGCCAAUCGGUGUGUCCGGCGCUCGGCCCCUCUGAGGGGGAGGAGAGGGAGUGGAGGAGGAGGCUGAGGGAGUCUAGAGAGAGGGAGGCCCGGCAGGCGCUGCUCAUCCACCGGCUCCAGGACAAGGUGUUGGAGUACAGGGAUCGAUGUCAACGUUUGGAGCUUCAGGUGGAGGAUGAACACACACAGCUGAUCAGCACUGAGCGGAGGAUCAGAGAGCAGCACAGUGACUCCUUGGAGAGCGCCCUCAUCAGGCUGGAGGAGGAACAGCACAGGUCUGUUGGUUUGGCCGACACCAACGCUCUCCUCCGGGAGCAGCUCAGCCAAUCAGGGCGGGCCAACCGGGCCCUGAGGGAGGACCUUCAGAAACUGACGGCUGAUUGGACGACAGCUGCGGAGGAGGCAGAGCAGAGGGAGGCAGACUGGCAGAGAGAGAGGGAGUGUCGGUCGGGUCAUGUGGGUCAGCACCAGGCUCAGCUGCUGUCAGUGUGGAGGUCUGUGGUCUCUCUAAGGCGGCACUGUUACACCCUGAAGACCGCCGCAGACAGGGAUCUGUGGCAGCUGAGGGCAGAGUUUUCUCGUCUUUCUUCGUCCCUCCUCUCCAGCUGUGGCUCCUCCAUGAGGCUCGGUGCUCCUCACACUUCCUUGCUCUCUGACCUGCCUCCUCUGUCCUCCACCCUGGUCCUACCUCUUCUGGACUCCUCGGCUGCUGCACCUCCGCCCAUCUGCUCCUCCACCCUGGAAACCUUCACCUUAGGAGACCUGGAGCACAGAGAGGAGGACAAGAUGGAGGAGGAGAAGAUGCAGGAGGAGAAGGUGGAGGAGGAGAGGAUGCAGGAGGAGAAGAUGCAGGAGGAGAAGGUGAAGAUGGAGGAGGAGCAGCAGCAGGUUCUGUCAGAGUUGCAGCUCAUCCAUCAGGCUGAAGUUGCACAGAUGCAACAGCGGGUUGUGGAGCUCUCUUGCUCACUACAAGAGGAGGUCCUUCAGAAGGAGGUGAUGGAGAAGCAGGCUGAGAGACUCAGGGAAUCGGUGAGAAGCCUUCAGGCGGUCAGUCAGGCUGUGAUCAGACUGUCCAGAGCCCUGAGCAGCAGCGUGUCCUCAGACGACGUCCUCGCCCUGGACCUGUCCUCCCUACUGUCCAUCGUGUCCCACGCUGAGAGCACCCUCCGCUCGAAACACGAGGAGCUGCAGGGGGCGGAGCUUUCUCUGAGGCGCCUCAGCGACGACAUCACGACCCUGAAGGUUCGGCUGGAGCAGCUGGAGGACGUCAACCUGCAGCUGAACACACAAACACAGCACACACAGCAGGAGCUCACACACACUGCGGAGCUACUGAGCAGAGAGCAGGAGGUGUCUUCUUCCCUCCGUCUGCAGCUGCAGGAGGUCCACAGCAGAGAGGAGGACCUCCACAGAGACCGAGACCGACAGCAGGAGCGCCUGGAGCAUCUGGAGGCUGAGACACACCGACGAGUGGAGGCGGAGCUGUUGGAGAACAUCCAGCUGUCAGAGAGAGAAGCUCUGCAGAGAACCAAGGUCCACAGACUGGAGGGGGCGUUAGAGAGAGAGCAGUUGCACAAACAGAGAGCAGAAGAAGAAGCUGCUGAUGCCAGAGAAGCACUGCAGAAGUCCAGGGACAUUGUGCUGCGUCUCUCGUCCUCGGAGACUUUGUUGAGACGGGAGUUGGACGAAGGACGCGAUGCUCUGGAGAAGAUGUCCGCCCUGAACUCAGCUUUGGCCUUAGAUAAGAGAGAGCUGAACCAUCAGCUGCUGCAGGUGGAAGGUGAGCUGUCCGACAGCCAAUCACAGCUCCAGGCUCUGAGGUCAGAGGUCAAUACUCUGCACAGAGAAGUUAAAGCCCUCAACAUGGACUGCAGCCAGCUCAGAAAGCAGAAGUCCUCGGAGGCUGACGUCCUCCUUCAGCUGAGACAACGAGAGGUGGAGCUGGAGAGGACGAUGGAGGAGAAGGAGAGGCAGCUGGUCUCCUUGGUGGAGGAGAAGCAGAGGGAGGGAGGGCAGCUGGAGGAGCUGUCCUCCCAGAGAGCUUCAGUGUGUUUGGAGCUGAAGGAGGCGCAGCAGCAACUGAAGGAGGCGCAGGAGGAGGCAAAAGAGGCGCAGGAGGAGGUGAAGAGGAGGGAGAGGCUGCAGGAGGAGCAGCAGAGAGACAACAGGAGGCUACAGGAGGAGCAGAAAGGUCUGCAACGACACCUGGAGCAUCUGCAGGAGGAGCUGCAGGAGCUCAGGUGUCUGUCGGUGUCUCUCCAGCAGCAGCUCAGUCAGCAGCAGAAGCAGUUCAGUCAGUCUGAUGUGGACAGGUGUCAGCUGGUCAGAUACGUCCAGACCGUCCAGGAGGCCAAGCUCACCUUACAGGGGGAGGUGGAGUUCCUGAGAGGAGAACUGGAGCGAGAGACGUCCAGGAGAGAAGAGGAGCAGGAGAGGACGGAGAGCAGUGAGGAGCAGAAGGAGGAGCUGCAGGAGGAGCUUCAGAGACUGUCGGAGGAGGUGGAGGAGCUCAGGAGGCGGAGGACACACCAAGACGAGGAGAGGAGGCAGGAGGAGGAGGCCUGGCAGAGAGAAAGAGAAGCUCUGAACCAGGAGCUGGGAACCAAAGAUGGAGAGGUGGAGGUGCUGAGGAGACGCAUGGAGGGACUGGAGGAGGAGAAGGAGGAGAGACAGAGGGAGGUGGACAGACUGAUGGAGGAGAAACAGAGGGAGGUGGACAGACAGAUGGAGAAGAAAGAGGAGAGACAGAGGGAGGUGGACAAACUGUUGAAGGAAAUGGAGGAGAGACAGAGGGAGGUGGACAGACUGAUGGAGGAGAGACAGAGGGAGGUUGACAGACUGAUGGAGGAGAAGGAGGAGAAACAGAGGGAGGUGGACAGACUGAUGGAGGAGAAGGAGGAGAAACAGAUCGAGGUGGACAGACUGAUGGGGGAGAAGGAGGAGAAACAGAUCGAGGUGGACAGACUGAUGGAGGAGAGACAGAGGGAGGUGGACAGACUGAUGGAAGAGAAGGAGGAGAGACAGAUCGAGGUGGACAGACUGAUGGAGGAGAAGGAGGAGAAACAGAUCGAGGUGGACAGACUGAUGGAGGAGAAGGAGGAGAAACAGAUCGAGGUGGACAGACUGAUGGAGGAGAGACAGAGGGAGGUGGACAGACUGAUGGAAGAGAAGGAGGAGAGACAGAUCGAGGUGGACAGACUGAUGGAGGAGAAGGAGGAGAAACAGAUGGAGGUGGACAGACUGAUGGAGGAGAGACGGAGGAAGGUGGACAGACUAUUGGAGGAGAGACAGAGGGAGGUGGACAGACUGAUGGAGGAGAAGGAGGAGAGACAGAUCGAGGUGGACAGACUAAUGGAGGAGAGACAGAGGGAGGUGGACAGACUGAUGGAGGAGAGACAGAGGGAGGUGGACAGACUGAUGGAGGAGAGACAGAGGGAGGUGGACAGACUGAUGGAGGAGAAGGAGGAGAAACAGAGGGAGGUGGACAGACUGAUGGAGGAAAAGGAGGAGAGACAGAGGGAGGUGGACAGACUGAUGGAGGAGAAGGAGGAGAGACAGAGGGAGGUGGACAGACUGAAGGAGGAGAGACAGAGGGAGGUGGACAGACUGAUGGAGGAGAGACAAAGGGAGGUGGACAGACUGAUGGAGGAGAAGGAGGAGAGACAGAGGGAGGUGGACAGACUGAUGGAGGAGAAGGAGGAGAGACAGAGGGAGGUGGACAGACUGAAGGAGGAGAAGGAAGAGAGGGAGACUCAGAUCAGUCUCCUGAUGGAGAGAAUGCAUCAAGCAGAUGAGAAGGAGAAACUACAAGAGGUGAAGAGGAUGGAGGUCAGGCUGAGAGAGGAGGUGAAGAAGGAGGAGAGGAGGAGGGAGGAGGAGAUGCAGAGGGUCACAGAGAUGGAGGUGCUCUGCGACCAGAUGGACACAUUAGAAAGAGAGAAGGAAGACAGAGAGAAGGAGGUGCAUCGACUGAGGAGAUCGGCAGAGGAGGAGGUGCAGAGAUGGAGGAGGACUUUGGAGGAGCUGGAGGAGGAGAUCAGCAGACUGAGAAAAGAAACAUUCACAUUACAGGAGGAGAAAGAGCAGGAGAGGAGGAAGAGGGAGAGACUGAAGGAGGAGAAGGAGGAGGAGGUGAGGAGGCUGAUGGAGAGGCUGCAGGAGAGAGUCGGGGAGGUGGAGCUGCUGAGGGUGAGGCUGAACGUAGCCACCGAGGAGUGCGAGGAGGUGAAGGAGGAGGUGCAGAGGAGGGAGUGCAGCCUGGAGCAACAGAUCAGUGCUGUCAGGGAGCAGGAGGAGGAGGUGCAGCAGCUGAGGAAGUACCUGAGGCUGCUGCAGGAGCAACAGGAGGAGGGAGAGAGGGAGCGGCAGGAGGUGGAGGUCAGGCUGAGGCAGAAGGAGCAGAGGGAGGAGCAGCUGGAGGAGCUGCUGAAGCAAACCAGGGCGCUGCUGGAGGACGAGAGGAGACGAGGAGGACAGAAAGACAGCAGGAUCUCCUCCCAGGACAAGGAGCUACAGGAGGCCUGGACCCAGAGUGACGGAGCCAGAAGAAGAACCAGACAGAUGGAGGCGCACCAGCACCGCCUGGAAGAGGAGCUGAAGGAGUGCAGGGAGGAGGCAGAGCUCAGAGCAACGGAGGCAAACAAACUCAAACACCUCCUCACCCAGAGAGAGGAGGAGGUGCAGCAGCUCAGAGCUCUGCUGGAGGAGAGAGAGGAGGAGACCAGGCAGAGGGAGGAGAGGAGGAGAACUGAGGAGGACAGGAGGAGGAGGAUGGAGGACAGACUGAGGGAGGUGGAGGAGGAGAAGAGGAGCAUGGAGGAAGAGAAGAGAAGGAUUGAGGAGGAGAAGAGAAGGAUGGAGGUGGAGAGGAGGAGCAUGGAGGACAGACUGAUGGAGGUGGAGGAGGAGAGGAGGAAGAUGAAGGACAGAUGGGAAGAAACAGAAAAGGAGGUGAAGGAGCAAAGAGAGGAGCUGAGGAGAAAAGAGGAGAAGAGGAGGAUGGAGGAGACUGAGAAGAGUCAGCAUAUGUUAGUGGAGGAGAGAGGAAGGUCCAGGGUGAGACAGCUGGAGGAGGAGAAGACAGGACUGUCACUGGAGCUGAGAAGGAUGGAGAGGGAGGUGACAGUUCUCAGAGAGGAGGUGCAGAGGGAGAGGGAAGAGUCACAGGAGGAGCUGAGGAGGAGAAGAGAGGAGCUGUCUGCACUCAGAGAGGAACUGAGGAAACAGCAAAGACAGAAGGAGGAGAUACAGGAGGAGAUAACUGUACUGAAGGAGGAGCUACGACAGAAGGAGGUGGAGUCGAGCUCAAAGGACAUGAAGAGGAGCCAGGAGGAGAGGAGACAGAAAGAAGAGGUGCAGGAGGAGCUGAGGAGGACUGAUAACAAGCUGACCGUCAUCACAGAGGAGCUGCAACAUCAACAGAAGGAGAAGGAGGAGAUCCAGGAGAAGUUACUGUGGACACAGGAGGAGGUGCAGAGGAGCCGAGAGGAGGUGCAGAAAGAAGGGAAGGAGAAGAAGGAGGUGCAGGAUGAGCUGCUGAAGAGGAGAGAAGAUGUAGCAGCUCUCAGAGAGGAGGUGCAGCAGGAGAGGAGGAGGAAGGAAGAGGUCCAGCAGGAGCUGAGAGGAGUCCAGCAGAGUGUGGAGGUGAUGACAGACAGCCUGAGCUCCCUGCAGAGUCAGCUGUCUGGUCUGAGUCUGAGCAGAGAGCUAGCCAGGAAGAAGGUGAAGAAGAAGGAGGAGGAGACGCAGCAGAUGAAGGAGGGUCUGAGGGCAGCUCUGGAGGAGAUGACCACGCUGAAGGUCCUGCUACAGGAGAGCCACGCCGAGGGGGAGCGUCUGAGGAGCACUCUGAAUGAGAAGAAGGAGGAGGUGGAGGAGAGGAGAGGAGAGGUGGAGGAGCUGAGAACCAGAGCCAAGGCCCUGGAGAGGAGGAAGAAGGAGGUGAUGGAGGAGCAGCAGGAGGCUGGGGGGAGGUGGAGGAGCAGGAUGGAGGAGAUGGAGGAGCAGCAGAAAGAGAAGCUGAGCGCUCUCAACACAGAGAUCCACACACUGAAGACCAGAGAGCAAGAGUGGAGGUCCAGGCUGGAGGAGAGCCAGGCCGAGCUGAGCCGGCUCAGAACCGCCAUGGAGGAGCAGAACUCCCAGAUCUCCUCUCUGAGGGAGGAGAAGGAGGUCUCCUCUCUGCAGCAGGAGGAGGAGGAGAUCAGGAGGCUGCUAAGGCAGAGAGAAGCUCAGGUGUAUUCUGUUGUACAGGUGUACUCUCUGACCCAGAAGACAGGUGAGCUGCAGACGGACAGGGACAGAGUCCGAUUGGCUCUGGAGCAAACAGAGGCAGCUCUGAUUGGCUACAGGGAGAGAAUCCACCAACAGGAGCAGAGCUCAGGGGCGGGGCCUAACACAGAGGAGGCUGUAGGGGACAGGUUGGUGGUUCUGCAGCGUUUGGUGGCUGAACUUGAACUGGACCAGAAACGACUGAACAAGAAGAAAUCACAGCUGGAGACUCAGAGAGACAAACUGAGGACAGACAGAGACACUCUGAGAGACACUUUAAGACAGGUGGAGGCAGAGCGUUGGAGGCUCAGGCAGCAGCUGACAGGCAGCAGAUCUCAGGAGUCAGCUAACACCACAGAAGAAGAACACCUGAGGAGCAGAGUGAGGGAGCUGGAGGACCAGGUGAAUCAGCUCCGCCUCUCAUUGGCUGAAGACCAGCAGCAGAGGGCGGAGUUUAUCCAGCAGUCGUCCAAAAAUAGCCAAUGGCUGCUCUCACUGAGACAUGACCUCAACGACUCGCUGGACGCCGUCACACGUCAUCCAAUCCCGUCCGUCCUGCAGUCUGAGACGCAGCGAUUGGACCGCAGCCUGAGGGAGGAGGAGCUUCGGAUGUCCCUCAGCCAAUCGUAGCACCUCCAGAUAAACAGUGAGACUUUAAAGCUCUUCAGAAACACCUGGAUGAGGUCCUGAAAGGACAGGUGUAAAGCCGCCUUCUGAUUGGCUGUUUGCAUCACCUGUAAAAUGUCCUGCAGAGCUGCUGCUGUCGGUCUGAUCUGAUGUCUUCAGAGAUGAUCGGGUUCCUUCACACGGUUCCUGUCUCGUGUCACUGGAACAUAAAGUCCUACAGCUCUGAGGAACCAGAACAACAAGUAAAGAACUGGAACCUCCAGGUCUCCUCAGAUGUUAAACUCUGAACUAAUGUUGUCUCCUCAUUCUUCUGUGGAGGUUCUCAGUCAUCCAGGUCCUGGUGAUGGUAGGAGCUUCAAGAGAAACCACUGGAGGUUCUGGAAGACGUUCUAGAAACGUCUUCCAGAACCUCCAGCUGGUUUCUCCUGAACCUCCUAUGAUUUCCUCCUACUGUAGAUGCUUUUGUAUCUCCAUGUUUCCUCUCUACUCUGCUCAGCAUCUGUAGAUGUUUCUCCAUGAUGGAUGGAUCGCCAACGACCUGCUCCUCUGUUCUGUUUUAUUUAUUUAUUGGUUUUCCUCUCAGCCUCUCUGAGGAAACACUGAAGUACUCCAGAGAUGAAUCCAGGUGUGACCCUUCCAGGCCUCCGUAGCUCCACAUCUGUCCUGAGCAGAGCUGUUUUUGGUGCAGCUCUGGAUCAUCUAUUAAAAUAAUCAGUUCCAGCGUUUGUUGGCCUUUUAUCAGCUGAUCGAUUGAUCAGUUACAGUAUUGAUGAGCUGAAGCUUCAGUUAAAUGUGUUUCUGAACCAGUUAUUUCUGUCAGACUACAUGUUUACUUAUUUGUUUGUUUUUACAUCUGUUUAUAGUCAGACAUCUGUCUACGUUUCCCAUGAUGCUCCAGUCUGAGCUGGAGGUCAGAUGUGUUUUUGUUCAAUAAAACCAAAGUUUUUCUAAAUGA